AUGGAGGAAUCAUCACAAGAACAGAGGAAGGAAGUGAAGACUUACACACCUCCUCUACCAUAUCCUCAAAGGCUACAAAAAGAACUCAAGGAUCAACAAUUCCCUAAGUUCCUUGAGGUCUUCAAGAAGCUGGAGAUUAAUAUCCCACUUGUUGAAGCAUUAGAGCAGAUGCCUCUAUAUGCAAAGUUCAUGAAUGAGCUCAUCAACAAAAAGAGAAACUGGCAUAAGAAGGAAACGGUGCUUUUGACACAAGAAUGCAGUGCAGUGAUCCAAAAAGGGCUCCCUCCAAAACUCCAAGACCAUGGGAGCUUCUUCUUACCUUGCACCAUUGGUAGUAUGACCAUAAAAAAAGCACUGUGUGACUUAGGAGCCAGCAUCAAUCUAAUACCUUAUUCUAUGAUGAGAAAGCUAUGCAUAGAGGAGGUAAAGCCCACACAGAUGUCAUUAGAGCUCGUGGACAAAUCAUUGGUAUUUCCUAAAGGAGUGAUUGAAAACCUUUUGGUCAAGGUGGAUAAGUUUAUAUUCCCUGCAGACUUUGUAAUCCUGGACCUAGGAGAAGAAGGGAGUGACUUUUUCAUCUUGGGAAGACCAUCCCUGGCCAGAGCAAGGGUCAUCAUAGAUGUUGAACAAGGAGAAUUGACCCUAAGGGUACAUGAUAAGAGCAUCACUCUGAAUGUCUUUCCAGAAGCACAGCAUACUGAUGAAAAGGAAAAUUGCAUGAAGGAUGACAGAGAAGACUUGCAUUGGAAGGAAGAAUCCAAGGAGAUACUCAUUAGUUCCCCUCCAAAGCAAAAGACAAGUAGCAAAGCAGGACAAAAGAAGAAUGAGACUGUACAGAAUGAUGAGAGAAAGCAAGAAGAAAGUGAAGUGUACAAGGGAGAUUGA